AUGGAUCCCACUCCAGGGAGGUUUAAUUUUCAAGACGAGGCUACUAGUGUUCUUGAGCACAACAUAAGCUUUCCGCAGCGUGAAACCAGUGAGGCCCAAACGCCACCCUCCCCCCCAUUCCGUAGUGUCACGGGCGCGCAGUGGGUGACAGCAGACCCCAGCACAAAACAAAGGAGUGGCCCAGGACAUGGAAACUACAUCCCAGCGAACGGUGCCGGAUUCUCCAACAAGCCUUACACAGAACAGAGCCUCCUCUCAGCUACACCGCGCGUUUAUACGAAGGGGAAGGAACAGUCCCUGGGGAUCCCAACCAGCCGUCUGGACGAGGCCCGUGACCUUUGUGAGCACAGCUCCGACAGGUCCGAGUACCUAGGCGCGGAACAGGUGCCCCGCUCCGAAGAGCUUUCAGCCCGCGCAGGUCCUGCGGAAGAGGCCGGACACGGUCCCCGGGACCGCCCCGCAGGAGGCGUGGCCAACGUCUGCACCGCCCCUCCAGGGCCGCGAGCCUGGCCCUCCCCCGCGGGGGCGGUGCCUCGAGGCUCCCUGGACUUUGCGCGCAGGCCCAGGGCAGCGAAGCACGCCUCCUGGAACCGCCGGUUUCCUGCGCUUCCCGAGGUGAGACCCCCCUGCCCGGUGCUGCUGCUCCUGCCCGCUCAGUCUCCGGGCAGCGCCCUCCGCUGCGGAAUGAGUUGGAAGGAUUUUUCACAGAGGGUGAUGGAGUUACAUCGGAACCCCUUGCUGGAUUCUUCAGUGCUCUGGUGUGACGUUGUCCUGGCUGAAGCUGAACCUCUGGCCUUGCUCACAGGGAAAUGGGGAAGGUGGCAUCAACGGAUCAGACUUCCCUGUCCAGAAGGAUCUGUGUCCUUUUUCCUCAUAUGUCUCCUGCCCAGCUGGCCAGAGCAGUGUUUGAGCCUUUGUAUCUGCGUGAGAAGUUAUUCUACAGUGAAUGUCUAAAUAUCUUAGAAUUUUUCUUUUGCUACUCCAGAAUCUCCUUGUAGGGAAUAAGUAAAUUUUUUUGUUUCCGAAGCAUUAUAUUGGACCUGGCAUAUUUAAUAUGAUCAAUCCUCAAGUCGAAGAAGACAAAAUGCAAGUUUGAAAUUAUUUUAAAGCGAUAAAAACCUAAAUUAUUUAUCAGUUCCACAGUCUAAGUGGACACUGCUCUCAAGGCAGUAUGACAUUUGCAAACAGCGUGAACUGUCACUUACUAGCUGCCUCAUCACGGGACAAACGUUUAACCCUAAAGUUGUCUCUUCAGCUGUAAAUAUGGGAAGGAGAAGAUCGAUUCUGUAAGAAGACUCAGGCCACCCUGGUCAUGUGUUGGUGACCUACAUCUACAGUAAGAACCGUUUGCUUGAAUCAAGACUCCAGUAAUGGCACAGUCGAGAGGAAUCUUGGGAUGGAUGGUGGAUGAUGAACGCGCUUUAGACUGACAGCCUCUGAAGUCUGGAACAGUCAAGAUGGAGGGCCCAGAUAAACUGCCUGGGCCACAAACGGAUGUUUGUCUCUCCAGCUCGUGGUUAAACAGAUAAAAAAAAAAAAAAAAGGAUUCCUAUAAGUGAAGACUUUCAUUUUUACUAUUAGUGAUGUAUUUGCGGAAAUUUUUCUUAGUAACCUGAAAAACUUAGAGUUUUCUUUUUUUCAAAUGUUCUUUGUUAUCAUUCUUAUAUGUUUUACACUGUGACCUCGUGGACUACUUUCUCUGAGACUUUCAUGUUCUCAACCAUAUGCUCAAAAUACAGCUCUGUAUUUCAAUUUUCAGAGACUCCCUUCUCUCAUUAACUGCAUUUGGACAUAUGGUUCUUUCGAAGCUCAGACCUCUGUCACUCUAACUGCUACAAGAGGGCUCAUUUCGUUUUUCUCAAAAGUCUUUCCUUUUCUUACCUCAACCUCACUUCCUAACUUCAUAGGCAUCUCAAGCUGUGUUAAGUCCUCAAAGAAUAAUUUUAAGGAAGCAUUGGAUUUAGGACAGGUAAAGAGGCAAAGACUAACAUGUCUUCUAGCAGUAGGCAAACCCAACCCCAAGUCAUAUUACUGUUCGGCUACAGGAAUUCAGAAGGAUACAUAAUAUCACCCAUAUGGCAUGUUCAGGUCAGCCUGCAUUUCAAUAACGGAUAAAAUUCUCAUUUACUUUGGAAGAAUGAAUGUCAUCCCCCACCUGCUCCAUUUGCUAAUGAUCAUCCAGCAAUGCUUGUGGCCACAGAGAUAUAAGACAGCAGAAUCUAAAGGCACUAGACCCAUAUGCUUAAUUGUUUCAGGAAAAAAAACGAAACA